GGCAACCGAAACCCCAUGGGAGGAACAAGAAAGACGGAGAAAGAGGGGAUUGGUCGACUGAUCAUUGGACAGAAUGGCAUCUUGUCGACACCUGCUGUGUCCUGCAUUAUCAGAAAGAUCAAGGCAGCUGGUGGAAUCAUCCUGACAGCCAGCCACUGCCCUGGAGGACCAGGGGGAGAGUUUGGAGUGAAGUUCAAUGUUGCCAAUGGAGGUCCUGCUCCAGAUGUCGUCUCAGACAAAAUCUACCAAAUCAGCAAAACAAUUGAGGAAUACACUAUAUGCCCUGAUUUGCGAAUUGACCUGUCUCGACUAGGAAGACAAGAAUUUGACCUGGAGAACAAAUUCAAACCAUUUAGAGUGGAGAUAGUGGACCCAGUGGAUAUCUAUCUCAACCUCCUUCGGACCAUUUUUGACUUUAACGCCAUCAAGAGUUUGCUGACUGGGCCUGGCCAACUGAAGAUCCGAGUUGAUGCCAUGCAUGGAGUUAUGGGACCCUAUGUGAGGAAAGUUCUGUGUGAUGAGCUGGGGGCCCCAGCCAAUUCUGCAAUCAACUGUGUUCCCCUGGAAGAUUUUGGAGGGCAGCAUCCUGACCCAAACCUGACAUAUGCAACCACCCUUCUGGAAGCUAUGAAAGGAGGGGAAUAUGGAUUUGGAGCUGCAUUUGAUGCUGAUGGGGACCGUUACAUGAUCCUAGGCCAAAAUGGCUUCUUUGUGAGCCCUUCCGACUCCUUGGCCAUCAUUGCCGCCAACCUCUCUUGCAUUCCGUAUUUCCGUCAGAUGGGAGUCCGAGGGUUUGGAAGGAGUAUGCCCACCAGCACAGCCCUCGACAGAGUGGCCAAAUCAAUGAAGGUCCCUGUGUAUGAGACCCCAGCUGGAUGGAGAUUCUUCUCAAAUCUGAUGGACUCGGGCCGGUGCUCUCUGUGUGGAGAAGAGAGCUUUGGCACUGGCUCUGAUCACCUCCGGGAGAAGGAUGGCCUCUGGGCUGUCUUGGUCUGGCUCUCCAUUAUUGCUGCCCGGAAGCAGAGCGUGGAGGAGAUUGUCCGAGGCCACUGGGCCAGGUUCGGCCGCCACUACUACUGCAGGUUUGACUAUGAGGGAUUAGAGCCCAAGACGACCUAUUACAUCAUGAGGGACCUGGAGGCCUUGCUCACAGAUAAGUCCUUCAUCGGCCAGCAGUUUGCUGUGGGGAGCCAUGUGUACAGUGUGGCGAAGACAGACAGCUUUGAAUACAUGGACCCUGUGGAUGGCACCGUGACCAAGAAACAGGGCCUGAGGAUCAUUUUCUCUGAUGCAUCUCGGCUCAUCUUCCGGCUCAGUUCCUCCAGUGGCGUGCGGGCCACCAUCAGACUAUAUGCAGAAAGCUACGAGAGGGAUCCCAGCGGUCAUGACCAGGAGCCCCAGGCAGUGUUGAGCCCUCUCAUAGCCAUUGCGCUGAAAAUAUCCCAGAUUCAUGAGAGAACCGGCCGGAGGGGCCCCACCGUCAUCACCUGAAUGGAGGAAAGAUCACUCACCAGGGCCAAAGAGUGCGCUCAGCGGGGGACACUUCACUCAUGCCUUCUUGCUACCUGUUUGUGCCUCUUAUGACUUUGAAAAAAAAAAAUGAUUUGCUGGUUGUGAGGGGGUGGGUGGGUGUAGGUGGGGGGAAAAAAAUCUGUUUUGUUUGGGUUUUAGUCAGUUUCUGCAAUGCAACAGGGUCUUCGGUUGUCUGUGAAAGCCACACUGCCUUUCGAUACCUGUGCUUUGUCACAAGAGGGAAUCUGCCCUUUUGAGAGAGAAUCAGUGGGCCAGGAGCAGUCAGGGUAUCUGUGCAUCAUUGGUGCCAGGUGAAAGAAGGUUCUGGAAUAGCAGAGAGGGCAAAGCCAGAAGUCAGCUGACCCUAAGCCCAGGUCCCCUCAGGCAGACCUAAGAAGACUCUCCUCCUUUUCAUCCCAGGUUAGGUCUCCCUUGGGCAAAAGUUGUACAACUCCUAGUAGCCCACCUCAUGCCCACCAACCACUUUAUGGCCACUCACUCUCCUUCCCAUCUCCAAAGUGCCUGUGCCACCCUCUUCACAUCUUCUAGAGCUUUCCACAAACCACAAUGGCACACUUUCAACAAAACAUAUCAAAGGGUGUUUUUUCUCUCUUAUUUUGUAAAUAGUAUUAGCUAUUAAGCUGGCUGCAUUCCUUCAAAUCCAGCCAUUCAUUAUGCAGGCGGGAGGUAGUUUCCUGGCAGGAUUCUGAGAAUGAAUGCUGAACAUUUUCAGGCCCUUUCUUGAUUAUAUCACAUGGGUUGAUACAUGGGUCGAUCUGAUUCCCAUUGAGACGGCAAAAUACCACCACAUCGGCUCUCUCUCUGACUUCCACUCACUGUUGUCUUAUCUCCCAGGAAGGGUCUGCACUUGUUUGGACACUGUUCAGGUCUUACUUAUCGUGGCUGUCAAAGGAGACAGUGACAUGCUCCACAAGUAGGAGAUGAAGCGGAUGCUGGAAGAGCACCUGACUGGUGGCACCGGGUGAUGGCCCUAAUGAGAUGGAGGGGAGAGUGGGGUCCCCUGCUGGAGAGCAGAGGGUCACAACUGGCUUUCUUGGCCCAGAGAAAGGAUAUUGCAGCCCUGGCAGCCUCCAUCAGCCCUCUCAGCCAGAAGCCCGGGUUCACGGGACCUGUUUGCGCACGUUUUGCUUCCUUGGGAGCGGCAGUCACUUGCCGUGUGACUGGUGAGAUAGGUGAUGCGCUUUGACUGUUCAGCAGUGUGUUAUUGCUGUAGUCAAGAUUAGGGCAAGCAGGGAAACAUCCCCAGCAAGGUAUUUGUUUCCAUUUUCUAUCUAUGCUUCUGUCAGAUACUUGCUAGGACCUUUAUUAGCCAAUAAAAAAAAUUUCUGAUUUCA